GACCCUACCAUUCUCAGGCCACAAUCGCCCACCAUUGGAUAAGAGAAACCAGUACUCCGUUUUUCUCAUCUAAUUCGCCGCCGUUCCUGCUGCUAUUUGCCCACAAACACUAUUAUUAUUACUCUUCGGCGCUCAAUGGCCUUCGCGGCCGCUGUUUGCUGGUUUACGGCGGUCACCUCCGCCGGCACUACCCGCUCUCUAUAUUCUCAACGGCUCUUCACUACUUCCCAAAGAUCGUCCCGCUUUUUUGUUACAAAGGCGAAGGCCCCCAUUCAAAGUCCAAAUCAGGAACCGAACCAAAGAAAGAAGAGUCUCAAUAAAUCACCUCCCCGCAGUUACGUAUCUCCCAAAGAGAAACUCCAAGGGAGACCAAAAGAUGAAAGUCAUUUUGCAAAUGGCCAAAAUCGAACUAAAGCAGGGAGGUCUCGGUCAUUAGCCGGUAAAUCAUUUGGCCUGCAGAGAAAAGGGAAGGGAGUUCAGUUUGACUCAAAGGAGCAGCAGGUCGAGACUAGUAAUCUUCAAGAUGCAAAUUUUUUAAACGCUGUAGUGAAGGUCUACUGUACACAUACUGCACCAGACUAUUCCCUUCCCUGGCAGAAGCAAAGACAAUAUACAAGUACCGGAAGUGCCUUUAUGAUUGGGGGUAAGAAGCUUUUGACAAAUGCUCAUUGCAUCGAGCAUGAUGCACAGGUUAAAGUGAAGAGGAGGGGAGAUGACACAAAAUAUGUUGCUAAGGUGCUAGCAAGAGGAGUUGAAUGUGACAUAGCAUUACUCUCUGUAGAAAGUGAGGAAUUUUGGAAGGGAACCGAUCCACUUUGCUUUGGGCACUUGCCCCGAUUGCAGGAUGCAGUAACUGUAGUAGGAUAUCCACUUGGAGGAGAUACAAUUUCUGUGACCAAGGGGGUAGUUUCUAGAAUUGAGGUUACAUCAUAUGCUCAUGGAUCAUCUGAGUUGUUGGGUAUUCAAAUUGAUGCAGCAAUAAAUCCUGGUAACAGUGGUGGCCCUGCGUUCAAUGAUCAUGGGAAGUGCAUAGGUGUUGCAUUUCAGGUUUUCAGAUCUGAUGAAGUGGAGAAUAUUGGGUAUGUGAUCCCUACAACAGUUGUAUCUCAUUUUCUACAAGACUAUGAGAGAAAUGGGAAGUACUCUGGUUUCCCCAGUCUUGGAGUUUUGCUGCAAAAGCUAGAGAAUCCAGCAUUACGUGCUUGCUUAAAAGUUCCAUCUACUGAAGGUGUUCUCAUCAGGAAAGUUGAACCUACAUCUGAUGCCUAUAAUAUCUUAAAAGAGGGGGACGUAAUUGUGAGCUUUGAUGGUGUUCGUGUUGGGUGUGAAGGAACAGUUCCUUUCCGAUCAGCUGAAAGAAUAGCAUUUCGCUACCUGAUCAGUCAAAAGUUUGCAGGAGAUUGUGCGAAACUUGGUAUUAUAAGAGCAGGCAUAUUUAUGAACGUUCAAAUAACACUUAGUCCUCGUGUACAUUUGGUUCCAUAUCAUAUUGAAGGAGGCCAGCCAUCAUACCUGAUAGUUGCUGGAUUGGUGUUUACUCCACUUUCUGAACCGUUGAUAGAGGAAGAAUGUGAAGACAGCAUGGGGCUAAAGCUAAUGACCAAGGCACGAUAUUCUCUAGCAAAGUUCAAAGAUGAACAGAUUGUGGUAUUAUCACAGGUUCUAGCAAAUGAAGUUAACAUUGGAUAUGAAGAUAUAAGCAAUGAACAGAUCUUGAAGUUGAAUGGCAUUCGAAUUAAAAAUAUCCACCAUUUGGCUCAUCUACUUGACUCUUGUGAGGACAAGUAUCUAGUGUUCGAGUUUGCAGACAAUUUUUUGGUCGUUCUGGAAAGGGUGGCAGCUUUAGCUGCAUCUGCUAGCAUCCUAAAAGACUAUAGCAUUCCAUCUGAAAGAUCUUCUGAUCUUUUGGGACCAUAUGUGGAAUCAAUAGGACAUAAUAAUGCUAUUUAUCAACAAGAAUUUGAGGAUAGCCCCGUAUCUAACUCUGAGUUCGGUUUUGAUGGGCUUCUUUGGGCUUGAAUAUGUUGCAAUGAAAGCAGACGUCAUAACGGUUCCAGAUUUGCAUAGCUCUUGGAUAUCUAUAUCUUAAUGGUGUAAAAUAUUGUUCAUGUUACAACAUUGGAUCAUAGACUUGUUUAGCAUUCAUUUGUAUGGCAGUGCAGUUGUUUCUGGUACAUAACAUGGGACACCUAAUGCCGCUGACCAGGUAACUAAGCCCAUUUUGUAAUUUCUAUUCUCUGUGGCUUGAGACACAGAUGAUGGGCAGAUGGGAGUGCUAGACAUCUCAAAGCUUCCUAUAAUCAUGUGGCUGGAAAUGUAAAAAAAAAAAAAGAUUUUUGCAGCUUCCUCCAUCGGAAUUGUAUUCAUUGUUUGGUACUCCGAAUGAGCCACUGUAAAAGCAUAGACUGCUCUGGUGACCAUUUUUUAAUUUUCAAAAUCAUCUGAAUAAAUUCAACGUUGAUAAAUGGUGUUUUAGAAAAGUACGUAAUAAAGUUGUCAAGUUUAU